GCGUCGAUUUAGGGGCAGCGACAGUUCCGUAGGAAAUUGGAGUUGAAAAGCACGUUGCUUUGGUCGAGAGGGGGGACAGUUGUUGACCAUUUAAUCAUCAGGAUUGGAAAUUGAGUAUUCUGACAGUAUGCCAACAUCAAGUGAAAACAUACUUUUUGGGAUGGGCAAUCCCUUGCUUGACAUUUCAGCUGUUGUGGACAAGGACUUCCUUGACAAGUAUGGCCUGAAGCCCAAUGACCAGAUCCUCGCUGAGGACAAACACAAAGCCUUGUUUGACGAAAUUGUCAAGAAGAACAAAGUUGAAUACCAUGCUGGUGGUUCCACCCAGAACUCAGUGAAAAUUGCCCAGUGGAUGAUCCAGAAACCCCACAAGGUGGCCACCUUCUUUGGCUGCAUUGGCAAAGACCACUUUGGGGAGAUCCUGAAGAAGAAGGCGGCGGAGGCCCACGUCGAUGCCCAUUACUAUGAACAAAAUGAGGAGCCCACUGGUACCUGCGCGGCCUGCAUCACCGGGGACAAUAGGUCCCUUGUUGCUAACCUGGCAGCGGCAAACUGCUACAAAAAGGAAAAACACCUGGACUUGGACAGCAACUGGGAGCUGGUGGAGAAAGCCAAGGUCUAUUAUAUUGCGGGUUUUUUCCUGACUGUGUCCCCGGAGUCGAUCCUCAAGGUGGCUAAGCACGCCUCUGACAACAACAAAGUCUUCUGCAUGAACCUCUCUGCACCUUUCAUCAGCCAGUUCUUUAAGGAGCCUUUGAUGAAGGUCAUGCCAUACGUUGACAUCUUGUUUGGCAACGAGACGGAGGCAGCCACUUUUGCCAAAGAGCAAGGCUUUGAGACAGAUGACAUUACAGAGAUCGCAAAGAAAACCCAGAACCUGCCCAAGGAGAACAAGAAAAGGCAGCGAGUGGUGGUCUUCACCCAGGGCAAGGACGACACUGUUGCAACCGUCGGUGAGAAGGUGACCAUGUUCCCUGUUUUGGACAUCGACCAGAAUGAUAUUGUGGACACUAAUGGAGCAGGAGAUGCCUUCGUGGGAGGAUUUCUGUCAGAGCUUGUCCAGGAGAGAUCGUUGGAGGAGUGCAUCCGGGCUGGCCACUACGCAGCCAACGUCAUCAUCAGGCGGGUCGGAUGCACCUUCCCAGAGAAACCAGACUUUCAUUGAUGCAGCCGAGCACCGCUUCGUCUUUUCCUAAGAUACUUGUAUAUGUAUGCCUCAAGAUUUUGUGUAAAAUUUUUAUAUUUACAGUGACUCCACGGGGAACAGGUGUUGCAACUUGAAUACUUUCUCCAACUUGCAGCAUCAACUCAGAUGUUUUAAUACAAUUUAAACAAUGCAUUUGCUUCAUUUACCAUAUGUUGGGAUAAUAAUGGUUUUAUUUAACGCACUGUCAUGCAGCAGACCCUUUGGGUUUUGGUGCCAUUAUUGGUUGUUUCCAGUAAUUGACCAUUCUAACUGGACUAAAUAGGAAAGAAAUAUUCUCUGAUGUUAUAACAUAAGUGAAAUAAAUAUCAAGCUCACUGAAAAAUCAUCAAUAUUGAUAUAUUAGUUUAACCAGUAGUGCAAGUCUUUUUUUAUACAUAUAUAUAUAUAUACACUUCAACUCAGGCAACAAAUACAAAAACAAUGUUACAACACACAGACUCUGUGUCUUUCCAGUCAUUAUUUAAUCAACGAGAGGCUCCAUCAUGCUAAUCAUUUCUGGACAGCUUAGCCCCCCUCAUUAGCAGGGGGGUCCAGGCCAGUCUGGUGCCCUGGUUCCGCUCAGUAAUCUCCGCUGGUGCUGGGUCGGGUCCUAACUGGGCACUCACAGAGCCUGGAUCUCCAUCGCAUAGCUAAAGGAGGUCAUUUUUCUCAGUUAAGGGAUUAGUGGUUGCUCUUCAUGGUGAUCAUUAGAGAGACCUGAAAAUUAGGCUGAUCCUUCGUACCCAGCUGUGCUGUCGCUGGGGGUUGGAGACAAGGAUCAGAGGGAGGCCCCUCCCCUCCCCCUGCCACAGAGUACGGGCCAACACAAGUGUCGGACAGUGUGUCUCAACAGUGUUUUGUGAAAAACAAUUCACCACUCUCAUCUGUUGUAGAAAGAAGUGUGAUUGACUAUAUCAUUUUAUGCUAAAAAAAGAACCUGUUAGAUCAUAUUUUCCUUGUUUUUUGAGCAUUAGUAAAUGUCAGGAAGAAUCCAUUUUCGCACUGCCUGCACAAGGGCUCUGUUUUCAGUAAUAAGGCAUAGUUUAUGCAUUUAUGCUAAUCAGGGGCAUCUAGGUGAAAACAUUCUCCAGCCAAAAUGUUAUUAACAACUUUGAGACACUUUUUUUCAUCAGCAUUUUUAAGGUUUCACACAGAUGCGCUUUGAAAAGGACCACAUUUCUGAUUGGGCAAGAUCACACUCCAUGGCAGCUGGUUCAUUUGCUUCUCAAGAUGACAGAUGGCAAAACACAAACACAAAAAGAGGGAGCCAUGAUUAAGUAAUGAGAAUGCUUACCACAAUAAGGAAACUACUAAACAUACUUUUCACACUUUUCCUAGUAAACUUUGCUUUACUCAAUGAAUACAGGAGGCGGAAAAACAAACAAUAAACACAUAUAAUUAAUUUUAAUUUUACAGUUGUUGUAUGGUAUUUUGGCCUCUUUCUUUUGCAAGCUGCACAGUCCUAAACAUUUUGAACAUGCCUAAUGCCAGGUUGUGUAGAAAUCUCUCUUAAGCUACAAAGAUUUUGAACAAUAUAUGCUGUUAACAACUUUGAAGUAGGGAGGGAAAAACUUGACUCUUUGGUAUUUGCCUACAAAUGUGGGUUCAUGACCAGAAUCUCUUCUUUGAAUGCAGGCAAAGGAGUAACUGGGGCCCCGGCCAGUGUUUUGCCCCGCAGAUGGGCAGCAGUGUUUGUGAACACCAGUGUGGCAGUUGGCAGGGAUUGAGUAGGGGGAUGGGCAGAUUGCAAUGGCACAUGCUCCAAUUCAAAUUAUCCCUGGACCCAUGCAGCAGUGGAGGACCUGCUGGGGCCCAGGGUGGCAUUCAUUAUAACCAGACACAAGCGGGUUUGGUCAGUGCCUCUGUCGUGACACGAAUCCUCACCUCAUCAAAUCACAACACCCUUUAUUCAAAUUCCCUGUCACUCAUAUAAACACAUUACAGCAAAUGAAACAAGCGUUUAUCUGUAUACUUGUCUCCCUAGCUGUUACUAGAUGAAAAUAAGUUGCACUGCAGGAAAAAAAUAAAACUAAAUGAUUCAAACCACUGCAAAAAAAAAAAAAAAAAAAAAA